GUGGGAGAAGAAUGGAACGAGAAUGGAAGGUGCGAAAACGUGGGGCUGAGGCUGAGGGAGGUGUUUAUAUGUGGCUGGGUUUCUCGUGGGUGAUAUUUUCAAUGUGCUCCGGGUUUACUGGAGGCGGAUGGAAUAAACUCUGGAUAAUUGAUGCUUGGCUAUGAUAAUCCUCAAAUUUCUUCUGGGACUUGUCCUUGCCCUCUGUCUACAGACAGCAGGGGCAUACGACCAAAUCAUCUGCUGCGAGCUCGCUAAGAGUAAAGGAGCAUUCAUCGACGAUGUCCCUCCUCCCGAGAACCAAACAUGUGGCCAAAAUUACCUGAAAGGCCAACCAGCGGCUCCAAGUCUCUGGGCACCUUACAAGUUCUGCAGCUCCCAAUGUCCCGGCAUGCAGCUGUCGAAAGCCGGCGAACCUACCCAAUACACGUCAGUACUAAUCAACUUCAUCUUGCCGUCCGUUAUCUUCAGUAUGACGAUCCCCCGCCGGAAAAAGAUCGAGUUCAACUACCUGUUCGAAUUUGAACGGCCGAGGCGUGCUACUCGCUACCCCAAAGUUAAUGAUUAUCUGCAGCUCUUAUUUUCGUUGAUCUGUUUCUUAGUUCUUCUGAUCCCUGUUACUAUCGACACCGUUCUUUGGAUUACGGUGAUUGUUAUUGGAGCGGGGAAUAUGUUGGUAGGCGGGUUGUACGAGGCUCACCUGGAUUAUCGAAUCAUGAAGUAUACCAAGGAUAUGGCUCACGGAGCAGACGAGGAUAAGCUGAGGAUCAAGAGGGAGUUGCUUGUUACUGUCGCUUCGGGGAAUUUGAUGCUGGAGAAGGGCAAUCCACAGAAGAGUAUUCCGGCCAGUCUCACGAUUCCAGGAGAGCAUGCUCCGAAAAAUGGAUAUGAGAAAGCCAGAUCACGACUCCUGAAUCUGCUGGGAGCACAGUCGAGAUUUGGUGAGCUAGUUGGAAGUCCUGUGUUGUUUUACCUGGGCACUUUCCUGUACACAACCCUGGACCUUCGGAACUCUCUUUCGGAUGAAGAUACUGCUAUCUCCCUUGGCUUUGGAAUCGAGUGGAUGAUUAUUGUCCAUGUUGCUAUCGUCAGUGGGUGUCUCCUAGCAAGCAAUAAUCCCAGUACUUCGGCCGGCAUUGUGGGGUCUGGCCAUGAGGAGCUGGAACAUGAGCACCGAAAGCUCCAGCGCCGUGCCACGUUCGUCGGCCAGAAUCACGGGCUUGAAUCUCCAGGAUGGACUUGGGAACGCUUCGCUCACUCCGUUUUGGGUUGGAGCGAUGCGUAUGAGACCGAAUUCCAGCCUAUAUCACUCUGGGAGCGUGGCAGCAAUAAGAUGAAAUGGAUCAAGAAAUCGGAAGCAUAGAAGCAGGACCCGGCUUUUAGAAGACUUAUGGAAGUCACGCCGCUGGGGUGGUUUUUCAAGAUCUUUCUACCUGUACUGGCCCUUGUCGUUCUUCCUCCUGGAAGUGGGGGCGUUGUUGCGUAUUGGACC